ACAGAGGGCGCACCGGUGUCAGUUUGCUCCAGCCCCUUGUAGUGGUCGGUCGCUGCUGGUUGCGCUAAGUGGCGUCUAGGAGCAGGAAUUUGGGGAGUGGAAAUCCCGCUUUUACUUUCACGGCUCGCGUCGUAUCCCUGACAUUUCUGCUGUGGCGGUCAGUCAGUCGGUGCGAGCGGAGAAAGAGCUGAAGAUCUGGAGCGCAGCGCUCCGAUGUUCUCCGCGGUUGCUUUUCACUGAAUACCGGCUAACUAGUGAUUCCUCUCUCAAUUUUCUACUUGGAAAUACGCCUGACGCGCCUGUUUGGCAUCAGAGGUGAGAGGUUUGAUGAAGAAUUGAGGGCACACAGCUGCCACUUUUGGCGAACGGAUUUUUUCUUUUUUGAUUCUUCGUCUUUUUUCUUCUGCAUUUGGAUUAUUUUUUUUUCCAGAAGAUGGCAAGUUGUUCCCUGACAAACGCAGGGAUCUGCUGCUGAAGCUCCCAGGAUGCUGGGGACCUUACAACAGCCAGAUCUCUUACUUUGAGACAGAUUUCGCUUAUUUUUCUCUUUUGGACGUAAACCGCCUGGACGUUUUUUUCCGCCUCCGUUUUUCUUUAUUUUCUUUUUUCUUUUACAGAAUGUCUGUGUUGUACAAUCUAACAAGGAUGCGUAGUGGAUUGCUAUUGUUCCUUUUCGCCCAAGUCAUCUUGGUUGCUUCGUUGACUCAGACUGAUAAAUGCGGAGGGAAUAUAGAGAUAGACGUCGCGGACUACCUGACCUCCCCGGGAUAUCCCGGCGCCUACCCGCCCUCCCAGCACUGCGUGUGGGUGAUAACCGCCCCUGAGCCGGGUCAGAAGAUCCUCAUCAACUUCAAUCCGCAUUUUGAUCUGGAGGACAGAGACUGCAAGUACGACUAUGUGGAGGUUUACAACGGCGGGGACGAGACAUCGCAGAUGCUGGGAAAGUUUUGCGGGAAGAUCGCGCCAUCCCCGAUCAUCUCCAGCGGCAGCCAGCUCCUCAUCAAGUUUGUCUCUGACUAUGAGACCCACGGGGCGGGAUUCUCUGUUCGCUACGAGGUCUUCAAGACAGGUCCAGAAUGUUCCAGAAACUUCACGGCUCCCCGGGGCGUCAUCAAGACGCCCGGCUUCCCCGAGAAGUACCCCAACAACCUGGACUGCACCUUCAUGAUCUUUGCCCCCAAGAUGUCGGAGAUCGUGGUGGAGUUUGACAGCUUCGACAUGGAGCCUGACACCACGCCGCCGCCAGGCGCGCUCUGCCGCUACGACUGGCUGGAGAUCUGGGACGGCUUCCCUGCAGUGGGUCCUCACAUUGGCAGGUACUGUGGCCAGACUUCCCCGGGCCGUGUGAUCUCCUACACCGGAAUCCUGUCCAUGACCAUCACCACCGACAACGCUAUUGCCAAGGAGGGAUUCUCCGCCAACUACACCAUCCGCGAGAGGAGCCUUCCCCCAGGACACGAAGAUGAGGAUUUUGCUUGUAUGGAGCCACUGGGCAUGGAGUCAGGGGAGAUUUCCUCACAGCAGAUCAGCGCCUCCUCCCAGUACAACUCCAACUGGUCCCCUGAACGCUCUCGCCUCAACUACCAGGAGAACGGCUGGACGCCCUCAGAUGACACCGUCCGGGAGUGGAUACAGGUGGACCUGGGAUUUCUCCGAUUCGUCACAGCCAUCGGGACCCAGGGAGCGAUCUCAAAAGAGACCAAGAAGCACUACUUUGUCCGCUCAUACAAGGUGGACCUGAGCUCCAACGGCGAGGACUGGGUCACUGUGAAGGAGGGCUCAAAGCAGAAGAUCUUUCAGGGGAACCACAAUGCAGUGGACGAGGUUCAGUCGGUUCUUCCCAAACAGACUCUGACUCGUUACAUCCGCAUCCGCCCCAUCACCUGGGAGCAAGGCAUCUGCAUGCGCUUCGAGAUCUAUGGCUGCAGAACAUCAGACUACCCAUGUUCAGGGAUGUUGGGGAUGGUGUCAGGUCAGAUCUCAGACGCUCAGAUCAGCGCCUCGUCUUACGCCGACCGGGGCUGGGUGGCUGAGAACGCCCGCUUGUUGACGGGGAGGUCGGGCUGGACCGGGCAGCAAACCAAGCAGCCCUUCAGAAACGAGUGGCUACAGGUGGAUCUGGGCCAGGACAAGAUGGUGAGCGGUGUGGUGAUCCAGGGAGGGAAACACCGCGACCGGAACGUCUUCAUGAAGAGGUUUAAAGUCGGCCACAGUCUGGAUGGAGAAGAGUGGACCGUUGUCAAGGAGGACAACACCACUAGGCCAAAGAUAUUCAUUGGGAACCAGAACCACGACACCCCAGAGCUGAGGUCCAUGGGUCCCUUCCUUACCCGCUUUGUCAGGAUCUACCCGGAGAGAGCCACCUCUGAGGGCGUGGGCCUCCGACUGGAGCUGCUGGGCUGUGAACUGGAUGACAUUGCGACGACAGCACCCCCCACCACGCCCAUCGUCUCUACACUUCCCAUGACCACGUUUGGUGCAACCACCACAGCACCCAUCACCGUACCAGGCACAACCCUGGCUGCAGACUGCGAGGAGGGACAACUGGACUGUGCCGGCGAAACGGAGGCGCCCGUUGACUACGACAUGGAGACAACGGGAGGCCCCACAGCCGCUGACCCCAUCAUGGAAUUCAUGCCAGCCUACGUGUGGUUCGCCUGCGACUUUGAGUUCUCGUCGUUCUGCGGCUGGACCAGAGAGACCGGGACAGGGGCUGAAUGGCUCAUCCAGACCAGCGGGGCUCAUGGCGUCCACAGAGGACCGACCCACGACCACACAGGCAGACCGGGGAACUUCAUCUACAUGCAGCUGUCUGACGCAGAGGUGCCCAGUAAAAUGGGCGAAGGCGAGGACGAAGAGGAGAAGGUGGCGAGGUUGACCAGCCUGCCCAUCACAGCGCCGGACGCCGACCUGUGCAUGUCCUUCUGGUACCACAUGUUCGGUGAACACGCGGGAUCGCUGCACAUCAAGCAGAGGAAGGAGGCAGAGGCGGGGCAGAUCCUGUGGAUGGUCAGCGGCCACAAGGACAACCGCUGGAGGGAGGGACGAGUUUUACUGCCCCACUCAAGUGUCUCAUAUCAGGUGGUGGUGGAAGGUGUUGGAGACAGACACGGUACAGCUCACGUAGCUGUGGACAACAUCCAGAUCAUGGAUGGGCUCAGUGCAGAGGACUGCAAGGAUCCAGAAGCUCCUACGUCUCCACCGACUGAGAUCUUCAUCCUACCGAUGGACUCCCUCUCACAGGAGACCAGCGAGCUCGGAGGCCCAGGCAACAUGCUGAAGACCCUGGACCCCAUCCUCAUCACCAUCAUCGCCAUGUCCGCACUGGGGGUCUUCCUGGGCGCCAUCUGCGGCGUCGUCCUGUACUGCGCCUGCUCGCAGGGCAGCAUGACAGACAGGAACUUAUCUGCCCUGGAAAACUAUAACUUUGAGCUGGUGGACGGCGUGAAGCUAAAGAAGGACAAGAUGAACGGACAGACUAACUACUCAGAGGCGUGAGGGGAAUCAAGAGACGGAGCUGAGAUGUCUCCGCCUGGACACAUGAUGCAGCCAAUCAAGCAGGAGGAACACGGGGGGCUGAAGCCACCAAUGGGACGGCAGGGUGGGCUGAAAGUGAGCCGAUGUAAUUUUAUUUCUCAGGAGCGGCGGUGGAAGGGACUGACCUGUAGGGGGCACUGUGUAUAAAGAAUCUGUACAGCAAAAAAAAAGAAAACUAAGGAUUCUAUUUGUUUUUCGGUGUGCUUUGUUGAUUUCAUGUAAUCACAUGCUGGUGUUGAGACCAAUUUAGAUGAAAGUAUCAUUUGUGUACUUUUAUGGAAAAAAUAAGAUUUUUUGUUUGUUUUGUUUUGUUUUUUUUUGGUCUUUUUUUCAGAUGUCAUAGUUUCACAGACAGAGCAAAGUAUGUGAAAUUUGCUGUCUGAUGUCUGUCUCUUUAGCUGGCCAUAUGUCCCUGUAAGUGUGUGUGUGUGUGUGUGAGAGAGAGAGAGAGAGAGAGUGUGUGUGUGUGUGUACAUGUGUCACAUUCAUAUACACCUGCAUUUAAGGUGUGUAUGUGUAUGUGCCCUUUAUGUUACACUGUUUAUCUGUAUACAUGAAGAGCGAGCAUGUUUGUGUGAGUGUGAGUGUGAGUGUGUGUGUGUGUGUGUGUGUGUGUGUGUGUGUGUGUGUGUGUGUGUGUGUGUGUGUGUGUGUGUGUGUGUGGCGGGUACCGUCUCGGCCCGUUGACCUGUGUCUAGUUCCAACAGUGCCUUUUUUUUCCUCCAGUUUUUCUGUUGCCUUGUUUUCUGCUGGUUGUUUUCUCAUCGGCUGGCGCUCCGUCCAGGGUUCCUACACAAACGUGCGGAAAAAAAAAAAAUCCGGAAAAUACAUUUUGUACUUUUGUCCAGAUUGUGAUUAUACAACCACAAAUCUCUAGUGUUUCCACGUACUGUUAACUAACACGUGUGUUGGUGUAGAUCUACUGGAUCUUCUUGCCUUGAUGACAGUCGUACUGACGCGGACUAAAAUGUUAAGAUUUCAGUUAACAUUUAGGUUUUGGAAAAGAAUUUUGAAAUGAAAAAUGUGUAGGAGCCCUGAAUGCCUCGUUUUCAUGGCACAUGACACAUCCAACAUAUUGUACAUAGGUUUUAAUAUAUUUGAGCUCCCUUUUUUUUUUUAUAAAGAAAAAGACACCAGUGCCGCAGUAUCCUUUCUGUGUUGGCAUCAAACUCGACCUAAUCUCCAAAAUUCAGAAAAUGUACAAAAAAAAAUAUUAAUUUUAACAGAUAGAAACGCAAACUUGUUGUUUGUGUUUCUUUUACAAAUGUGACCAAGUUGCCAUUUUGUGAAUUUUGUUGUAGUGCUCUGGGAACAGGAGGGUUUCUACGAAGACGAAAACCGUUUUGGGAUCAUUGAGAAAUGCCUCAUGGGAAGAAGUGAGGUGCACAGGGUAAAACAGACAGCCUCAGAAACACUACGACGCUGACAGCACGUCGAAGAUGGAUCAUCAGGACUGAGAUAUUUUCACGGCUAAAAUUCCUCACUGGCACACGAAGUGACUGUUAAACCUUUUGCCCGAAGUGUGUCCAUCUGUCCUGGGAGACAUCAGACAGACUUCAAGCGUCCCUCCUCGGAUCCAUCGGCAUCUUUUGGCUGAGUGGACGGGGACGUGGAAGGCUCUGAAUGCUGACCGAGAAUCAGCAGUUGCCAUGACAAUGCUGUACUUUGUCAAUGUACGUUCAGUGUUGACUAUCAGAGGAGAGGUUUAUGAAUGAUCACGGUGACUAAGGAGUCGCCAGGUGAGCAGCAGUGUUCAGACUUUACACAGUUAAUGCCUCAAAUGCUCCUUCACCUUCAGCUACAGUGGCCUGGAAGUAACACACAGAGCAGAGAUCCAACACAAAACCACAGGGCUCAUUAGUUUUUAAUUAAAAACCUACAUUUUGUUUCUUUUGACUGUUUAAAACAGAUUUAAAAAAAACUGGAUUUUAAAAAUGUCACUUGCAGUUAAUGCACUGUAGGAUUUUUUUUUCUGUGGGAUCCUGCUUCAUCAUCAACAUCUCCUUUGAGUUUAAUCCCCAUUUUCCUCACUGUUCUCUGCAUCCAGGAGCAUUUUCCUAACCGUCAACAUGUCAGAAGGGUCUCACUCACUGUGAUCUACCGCGAUCAGCUGAGCUUUCAACAGCUUCCGGGUCUGUGAGGGAAUAAAAUCCUGGACGAAAAUCUGGUUAAACUGACCGGCUCCUGUUAAAGAAUCUGAACACUGGUUAAAAACGAUAAGCCUGUGUGGUGAAGAUACAGCUUUGUUUUGUUUUAGCUUUUGUAGCUGAAUGUGUUGUGAUACCGGUCACUUGUUCAUAGCACUGUAUAGGUGGGAGGACUGAGUCAGACAUUUCACCGGUCUCUUGUCUCACCAACUCACUGGGAUCAAUGAACAACCUCAGCAACCUCCAGCAGAUGUUUUAUGUUCUGCCUGUGGUCAUUUCAGUUACAGAUGUUAGAUUUCACAGCUGUGAUGGUUCUGACACGUUUCUGUUGGUAACUGGGAGAAAGAUGUUCGUCUCCUGCUGCACUGUGGAACAUAAAUCUGCCCCAUUUUCAAUGUAGCAUUACAGCACGUGGCAUCACAUCAGCUCAGGCGGUGAAGCGAGACAGUUUGUCUCCGGUCACUUUAGAAUCAAUUCUCAAUUCGUCCCUUUUAAAAUGAGACGUUUCAGGCGUUUUGAAGUUUUUCUGUUUUGCUGUACAGGAAGUCCACUUCCUCACUCGACUCGUUUUAAAUCGAGUCCUCGUCUGGGUUUUUAGUAACGACUGAGAAAACGUUUCCAAUCAAAUGAAGGAACUGCUGAAAUGUUCAUUAUUCGCUCUUAAAACCACAACGAUUCAAUCGUUUUUUGUUUUCUCAGUAAAUUAUCAACUGCAUACGUCUACCAGACAGGAUUGUGGGUGAUCAAAGUGCAGCCUCGGUCUGACAUCGUAGACAGGAAUGUGUGUGUUUUCAGUGAGCUCCUUCCCUUUUAAACAAGAAAGGAUCCUGCAGCACUAGAUGUGAAAACAAAUGUUGCACUGAUAUAUUUAAAAGAAAAUAUCUAUGUGUUUAUGAUGUUGAUUUAUGAAAAGAGAGGAGGACGUCGGAGGAGGACAGUGUUAUUGUUGCUUCUUUUUAACGCGGUUUCAGAUGACAGUGUUAUAAUUCUGAAAUGUACAAUUUACAGAGAUGUUUUUCAUUCUGGAAAAAGCUUAUAUCGUCUCUUUGAAACGUAACAAUUUUAUUUACAUGGUAUAAUAUCACUUUGUGUUUUUGUACUGUCACUGAUGUUUGUGCCAUUGCUUUGUUUUUUUGUUUUCGUUUCUUUGUAUGACAAGAAAAAAUGUUUUCUUUUCAGUACUGCUUCUGUAAUUUUGCUCUCAGAUCCAGAAAAAAAAACAAGAAAGGAAAUAAGAAAGUAAAAAAAUGGAAAAGCAGUGAGGCCUUAAGUGACUAAAAGUAUUGUUUGUACUUUGACUUUCUGGUCAGCACCCAGACUCAUCCGUCUCUGUUGUCUCAGACUCUGAUCAUUGACUAUUACAUUCCAAAGAAUU